CAAUGGCGAACAAAAGGACAAAAAUAUCCCACGUCACCCCUCUUCUUCAAUUCCCACGUGCCUCUAUUGUAUUUAUCAUUUUUCUUAUAAAUAGGAUCUUUUUCUUCUCCAUAUCUUCGAACAAGUCAUACCUAAAGAGAACAUAACAAAAAGAUAUUGAGCUUUGAUAAGUUUUGAACUAGUUAGUAUAAUGGAGUGGAGAGAGUGUUAUUUAGAUGUGAUCUUGGUGCCGCCAGGGCUAAUGGUAUAUGCUGCUUACCAUAUUUACUUGUGGUACAAGUUACGUACACAGCCUCUCACCACCACCAUCGGUACCAACGCUAGAGCUCGCCGUUUCUGGGUCGCUUCCAUCAUCAAGGACAACGAGAAGAAGAACAUCUUGGCCGUUCAAACGCUAAGAAACUGCAUAAUGGGAUCAACAUUAAUGGCCACAACGUCGAUCCUUCUCUCCGCGGGUCUAGCUGCCGUUAUAAGCAGCACAUACGCAGUGAAGAAGCCUCUAAACGACGCCGUUUACGGAGCUCACGGGGAGUUCAUGGUGGCUCUCAAGUAUGUCACGAUUCUCACCAUCUUCCUCUUCUCCUUCUUCUCUCACUCUCUUUCGAUCCGAUUCAUCAACCAAGUCAACAUCCUCAUCAACACUCCCUUUCCUCCGGAGGAGCUGGAGGAUGAGGAGAUGAUGAUAACGCAGGAGGAGUACGUGGGGGAGUUGCUAGAGAGAGGGUUUGUUUUGAACACGGUGGGGAACCGGUUGUUUUAUGCGGCGUUGCCUUUGAUGCUUUGGAUAUUUGGACCGGUGCUUGUGUUCUUGUGUUCGGUCAUGAUGGUUCCUCUUCUUUAUAACCUCGAUUUUUUCUUCUUUGGUAGACAAAGCAGAAAAAUCGAUGGAAAAACAAGUUGUGGAUUAACUGUGUAGAAUCGAGUUUGAGUUGAUCGAGCAAGUGAUGACAAAUAAGUGAUCGAUGAUUCAAUAAACAUGACACACUUGCAGAUUCCGAAGAUUAGUUUAGUUUUCGAUUGAAGAUCUUUUUGUUCGAAUAAAUUUCUUAGUAUAUUAUGCGUACUAGUUUAUUAAUCAUGGUCAUAUAGUAUUUGAUUAGGGCUUAUUGGGCGUUUGUUUUUGUACAUUCAUGAGAGCUUAAAGUAUAUUAUAUUGGAUUAUGUAUAUGUUGUGUCACGUUUUGGUAUGUUGAGACUUGAGAGUUAUAAUUGGCAUUUCCAUGUGGUUAA